AUGUCUGAGUAUCUUAAAGGUUUGAAUCUCUCCACUUUCCCACCUAGUCAUCACACCACUGUAUUGAAAACUGAAUCUGAAACUAGCAAAGAUCCUGGAGCGGCGAUUUGGUCCCAAACUCCAGACACCACCAACACGGAAAAUCAAGAUUCAAAGGUUGAUGUUCACAAUGCGACAGAUGACGUGAAAUUGAGUGAUGGGACAGGUGUAGAUUCUGGAAAACAGGUGUCCAUUCCCUAUGAAUUCACAGAUACAGGUACUCAGACACAUGGUUGUGCCUUGAAGCGCGCCCACGAUGGUAUCUAUGAAGAGAAUACAAGAGUUGAAAUACAAGGUACUGCAUUCAAGGAGCCAUUGGACCGUAUGAAUAGCAUGCUGGGUCUGCUUGAGAGAAAGCUUAGGGAAAAUAUUGAUACUCAAGCUGUACAACAAGAGCGAAUAUAUGCUUCAGUUGAGGGCAAGAUAGCUUUACAUCUCGAAAAAGCAAUCGACGAUAUACAUGUGCUAAAGUCUAAGGUUGAAGAUUUGCAAGUGGAGGUUCUUGAUUUGAAUGAGGAGGUGUCUUCAGCCCAUCACAAGAUCAAGAUACACGAGAGAGUAAUCCGAAAGCUUUUAGGACCUGCGGGCAACAACCUUGUUGACCAAUACGAUGAUGACUCAGACGAUGUCAAAUCCGAUAACACUGCUGAACCACAAACAGACUCCGGUGUUUGA